AUGGCAAAAGGUAAGAAGGAAAAGGCUAGUAGCAAGGAAAAGUCAAAGAAGGAUGCCUCUGCAAGCAGUUCCAAGUCGGCCGCCAAAGAAGCCUCCAAGUCGGAGCCGGCCAAGUCGCACAAGGACGAGCACAGCAAGGGACCAGCCACAAAAGAGGCCUCCUCGAAAAAGGCACCACCGUCAGCACCACCACCAGCGCCCAAAUCCCCGCCCGCCUCAGCUGGCAUGAGACACCCCUCCUGUGGCAAGCUACAAGACCCAAAGGCCAUCCAGGAGCAUCCCAUCUCCGACGAGGAGCGGGCUCGCAAGAUCGAGAAGAACCACCAGGCAAUUGAGGGCAUCGUGGAGAUGCUGCACAUCAUUCCGCCGGACAACAUCAGCAAUGCCACUCGCGAGGAUCUGAUCAAGAUUCGCGACCUGGCCAAGGGCAUCGUCAUGCGCUACCAGCCAGUGGGCAGUGGCGGCGGUGGAGAGGGCAAAAAAGGAGGAGGUGGUGGUGGUGGGGGAGGUGCCGGUAGUGGUGCAUCCAAAGGAGGCGGCGGCGGUGGUGGCAGCGUCGGCGGAGGCGGUGCCGGCGCCUCUUCCGCCGACUUCAAGUUGGACGCUGUCAUGCCUGCCUUUGCUGACAUCUUCUCCACCGACAUGUGA